UAUAGUGGGUCAUUGUGCAAUGAGGAAGGUAUACUGAGCUGCCAGGUUAUGGCCUGCCCAUGUACAGACUGCAGCCCUGCUAAGCUUUUUCUUACUGAAUAGGUUAGCGAGUUAACCGCUUAUUUUUUCAGUUAUACUUAAGGUAUAGACGUGACAAUGCACGUAAGUUUAUAAUAAAGAAGAGCAGUUAGCACUGUAAUAUUUAAAGCCUUGAACAGUCAUCUUAAUACCUGCUUGGGCUGUAAAAGACGAAAAAGAAAGCAAGGUUUAAUAUAUUAACUGCCCACCGACGCUCGACAAUACGGUUAUCAAGCAGCCUUGUCUUGUUUCCUAACGUUAGCCCGACUGCGACACUAGCAGGCUAAUGUCAUCUAGCUAACUUCACAGUCUACAAUCAAGUGGCUACAUCGUCUGGCAGCUGGAGCAGCCUAAGGGCUGCCACUUAAGACAGAAGGGGCUCUCUAAUGAUCCCGCCGUUCAUCCGAUGAACCACCUCAACUCCAUGAAACCCUCCCUGCCUCCCACUCCACAAAGCAGCGACGGCCCCUUCCUACAUGACCCAGUCUCCUGGCAACCAGGCACCAAUCAGCACGCAGGAUCUCUCUCUGUAGUAACCACAGUGUGGGGCGUGACCAAUCCCACACACAGCCAGGUAUUUGGUGCACCCAUGGGUCCGGGUGAGAACUCCGGUGGCCACAUGAUGCCUGGCGGUAGCCCUGGUAUGGGCGGCGGCAUGGGCUCUCAGUUUAUGGGGCAGCAGUCAUACAGCGACGCUGUGUCAAAGGGCUACGGCCAACCAGUCAUGUAUGGACGUCCUAACGCCGCCUACAACCCGCCACCCUACGGUGGAAGUUACUCUGGUAACAGUGGAGGAGCUGGUCUGGGAGUCCGUCCUCCCUCAGACUUUACCCAGGCUGCUGCUGCUGCUGUUGCUGCUGCUGCUGCCACAGCAACUGCCACCGCUACGGCAACUGUUGCAGCAAUACAGGAAAAACAGAAUCAGGAACUGAACUAUGGCCAGAUGGGUGGAGCAUCCUCUUACAGCACCCAGUUCCUGUCUCAUUCUGGCCCUCGCGGCCCUCCAGGGAUGAAUCCCGGUGGGAUGGUCCCUUCCAGGCAUGUCCCUCCACCAUCCGCUGGGGGCAUGUAUCCCUCUCACCCAGCACAGACGCAGAAGAUACCCCAGCACGGAGGCUAUUCAGGUGGACAGCAAGGGCUCAAACGGCCUUUCCACUCAGAGGGUUUUCCAGUGCAGCAGUACAGCUCUGGUGGGAUGUCAGGGUACCCAAACCAGCCUUUGCAGUACCCCACUGGUCCUCAGCAACGAUGUGCCCCCUCACCCUCUUAUCCCUCCAGCCGCAUGCCUCUCAUGAGCCAGUACAAUUCUGGAUCACACAACCCAGCCCAGUUCCCCCCUGGAGCCGGCCAGCCAAAUCCUCCACAGUAUUACAAGUCGGAGCCUUUCAAUGGUCAGGGCAGCCUGCCAUCUGGAGGAGCAGGAGGAUAUAAUGCCUUCACACAGGCUGCAGUGAAUGGGCCAAGCAGGGGGGCAGUGAUGCCAGGGUAUCCCACCUCACCAAUGGGAGGUAAUCCAACCCCUCCAAUGACCCCUGGAACCGCCAUGCCUCCUUACCUCUCCCCUGGCCAGGACACUAAACCCCCAUACCUCCCACCAGACACCAAGCCCAACAUCACCGCUCAGCAGGCUUCUACAGGAAACCCCAGUGACGAUCUGCGCCUGACUUUCCCUGUACGGGAUGGCAUCGUGUUGGAGCCCUUCAGACUGGAGCACAACCUUGCUGUCAGUAACCAUGCCUUCCAGCUGAGAGACUCAGUCUACAAAACACUUAUGAUGAGACCUGAUCUGGAGUUACAGUUCAAGUGUUACCACCAUGAGGACAGACAGAUGAACACUAACUGGCCUGCCUCCGUACAAGUGAGUGUCAAUGCCACACCUUUGUCCAUUGAAAGAGGUGACAACAAAACCUCUCACAAGCCUUUGUACCUGAAACAAGUGUGUCAACCGGGACGUAAUACUGUACAAAUCACCGUAACAGCUUGCUGCUGUUCCCAUCUAUUUGUGUUGCAGCUUGUCCACCGGCCGUCUGUCCGGUCUGUCCUCCAGGGGUUGAUGAAAAAGAGACUACUGCCAGCUGAGCACUGCAUCACUAAGAUAAAAAGAAAUUUCAGCUCUGGCACUAUCCCUGGGACCCCUGGGCUGAAUGGAGAAGAUGGUGUAGAGCAGACAGCAAUCAAAGUGUCUCUCAAAUGUCCAAUCACAUUCAGACGGAUCCAACUGCCUGCCAGGGGGCACGACUGCAGACACAUACAGUGUUUUGACUUGGAGUCCUAUUUGCAACUAAAUUGUGAAAGAGGGACAUGGAGGUGUCCUGUGUGCAAUAAGACGGCUUUACUGGAGGGACUGGAGGUCGACCAGUACAUGCUUGGGAUUCUUGUGUACAUCCAGAAUUCGGACUACGAGGAGAUUACCAUAGAUCCUGUCUGUGGUUGGAGGCCGGUUCCUGUCAAACCAGAUCUGCACAUAAAGGAGGAGCCCGAUGGGCCAGUGCUGAAACGCUGCCGCACAGUCAGCCCAAGUCACAUGGUCCUACCUAAUGUGAUGGAGAUGAUCGCUGCCCUGGGUCCAGCUUCCUCUCCCUACCAGAGUGUUACUGCAGGGGGCAGGAACACCCCCGACUACAACAGGCCAGCGAGCCAGGGAUUUUCCAACCAAACAGGAUUCACAGACUUCCCCAACACACCUGGUACCCCGACACUAGGAGAGUACGCACCUUCAGGACCACCACCCCCAAUGUCUUAUCAGUCUGACCAGCCGCCUCAUGCUGGGCGAAUCGAACACUCCCACAACAUCCUCCAGCAGCACAGUUCAGGUGUUCAUGGUAACCAGGGCCUCGGUGAUGCUGGCAGCCCACUACCACAGCGGAACUCUAAUACCCAGAAUCCCCGGAUGCAGACUGAAGGCUCAUUUGGUCUGGGAGGCCCUGGAGCACCCGGGGUAGAUGGAGCUGAUCAUACACUAGAUCUUCUUCCUGAGCUGACCAACCCCGACGAGUUGCUGUCUUACCUGGGUCCCCCUGACCUCCCCAACAACAGCAGUGAUGACCUGCUGUCUCUGUUUGAGAACAACUGACCUUCACAUUCUCACAGCAGUCAUCUUUCAAUCCAGCCUCUGCUUCUCUGUUCGCUGUAGCCCCACCCACAUCAGUUUAAGACGCCACAGUCUGUCGGCUCCCACUACUUCUGUGUGUGAGUGUGUAUGCGCGAGUGUCUUUUUGUGCGCAUGAGUUUGUGUGUGUGUGCAUAUGUUUUUGUGUAUCUUUGUCGUUUUGAAGUGUCCUGCUUUACCUUGAAGUUCAUUCAGUGCGGUGUACAGGUAAAGGAGGGGACCACUCUUUGUACAUGUAAACACUGUCUGUGAAGGAUAUUACAGUCCAUGCAGUAGGCACUGACUCCUCAGACCAGCAAUUAAAACUAUAGCACAAGUCACAGGCUGAAGGAUUCAUGUUUAAAGAUUAUAUUUGUUUGGAAAGAAGAAGUUGGAACAGACUCAUUAAGAUCCAAAGGUGAUGUAAGAUAAGGGCAGAUAAAGUGAUCAGGCAGAAGAAAUGUUUAUCACUAAGUGAACUAGAAAGUCAUUAAGUAAAGGGAAGUACCUCCGCCACAGUCAAGUAAUUCAAUUCCAAUGUUAGUUAAAACAAAAAGGUCUAUUUUUCUGAAUCUGUUCCAAAAUAUAGUGACUUCCACCUAGUUUUCAUUAAAAUCAGUGCAGUAGUUUAUUACAUAAUUCUGCUGACAGACAAACAAUCAGACCCAGGUGAAAACAUAACCUCCUUGGCGAAGGUAACAAGGAAGAAAAAGUAGGCCGAGGUGUGUAAAAGAUAUUUUUAAUAAAAGAAGUUGGGAGAGAGCUGAGGUUCAUUUUGCUACAUCCUUCAGCACUGUGAAAUACAUACAACUCCCACCUUUCACUCUGUUGUCCUCUUUGGGGGGUUUCAAGCAUACUGUAAAUGAGUACAGCUGUGUGUCAUGGCAUUUUCUGCCAUUUGAAAGCUAUUUGUAUGUUUUUAAAUUGUUUGACAUGUAUAACCCAUCAUGACACGGGUUUAUGUACUGUAUAAUCAACUGUUUUCAUUAGAGAACGUGUGUGUAUGAAAAUGAAUUGUUAAUCAUGGUAAAAAUUAAUGUUAUUAGUUGGAUAAUGGAUCAUUGUUAGCACUGUAUACAUACAUAGAAACUUAUAACGCAGUGGUAAAAAUCUGAGGCCACACAAAUUGUAUGUGUGACAGAAAAUGGACAGUCAUUAAUGCAGUUAAAAAGGCCGAGUUUAAAAUUGUUCUUAAUACCACUUUUUAAAGCCGACACUUUUCUAUGAAUGACUUUCGGACUGAACCCUUUGGGGUCCAAUAUUGCUAAGAGAAGACAACGAUAAACAAGGUUCUUUGCCAAUUGAGCAACAAUAAUAUGUUAUAUUUGGAAAUUAUGGACUAUUUAAAUGCAAAUUUGCGAAAAAGCUUUUUUUAAUAUGUAAACUAUUCCACAUAUUUUGUAACACAUUGUAAUUGCCAUUAUUUUCUAUUUAUUUUUUAAUCAUAAUCGUCAUUGUACCUACAGUUACUUUGUCCCUUUCCUGAAACUCAGAAUUAAAAUCACUUUAUUUGCCCACUUUGUUUUGUUGGCUCUGGUGCAGAAUUAUGUCAGUGACUUCGAUAACUAAGCGUUGACUGGUACAAAAGAACAUGCUCGUGAUCUGUGACAAAACGCCACUGUUAACUAAGUUUUAGGUAUUGAUAAAAUCUGGACACUGUGAUGUAAUAAAAAUAUACUGGCUGAUAAC